AUGAAUGGGGCCAAUGGCCAUUAUGGCCAGCCAAAUCCAUGGCAAGAGCACAAGACCCCCGAUGGUCGCGCCUAUUACUACAAUUCAAUCACCAAGGUCACACAAUGGACCAAGCCCGAGGAUAUGAUGACGCCCGCUGAGCGCGCGCUCGCCAAUCAGCCAUGGAAGGAGUACACUGCCGAGGGCGGUCGCAAGUACUGGUACAAUACCGAAACGAAGCAAAGCUCUUGGGAAAUGCCCGAAGCCUAUAAGAGGGCUCUGGGUCACGAUAGUGCCCCGCCGACUCCCGCUGCUGCGCCCCCCUUUGCUUCCGGUGGUGGGUAUUCGAAUCAGGGAUAUGAUGAUCGUCGUGACUCUCGAGAUGCCUAUCCGGAAUCUCGACAAUUAACCUAUGGCAGUGAUCCUAGCGUCCGGGCAUUUGUCCCUGCCAGCAACGAGCCCGAAUACGCCACUGCUGAAGAGGCCGAGGCCGCUUUCAUGAAACUGCUUAAACGCAGCGGUGUCCAGCCCGACUGGUCCUGGGAGCAGGCCAUGAAGGCUACCAUCAAGGAUCCACAGUAUCGCGCUAUCAAAGACCCCAAGGAUCGAAAGGCUGCCUUUGAGAGAUAUUGUCAUGACAUGAUCAUCCAAGAUAAGGAGAAAGCCAAGGAAAGACUAGCGAAGUUGCGUGCUGACUUUGGCACCAUGCUGAAGAGCCAUCCUGAGAUCAAGCAUUACACACGGUGGAAGACAGCUCGACCAAUUAUCGCUGGUGAGACCAUCUUCCGCUCCACUAACAAUGACGAUGAACGGCAUCAGCUGUUCGAGGACUACAUCCUGGAUCUCAAGAAGGCACACAUAGAGAACCAGGCCACAAUGCGAAAGAGCGCCAUCGAUGGGUUGCUCGAGCUGCUGCCAAAGCUCAACUUGGAGCCCUAUACACGCUGGGCUGAAGCUCAAGGUAUUCUCAAGUCAACCGCCCCCUUCCAGAAUGAGGAGAAGUACAAAACCCUUAACGAUUUUGAUAUUCUCACUGCUUUCCAAACUCACAUCAAGACCUUGGAACGUAACUUCAACGAGGCCAAGCAGAUUGAGAAGAAUCGCAAGUUCCGAAUUGCACGAAAGCGUCGCGAUGCGUUCGUGGGACUACUCCAAGAACUGCGAAGAGCCGGCAAGAUCAAGGCCGGCACCAAGUGGGGCCAGAUUUUCCCUCUGAUUGAGAACGACGAGCGCUUCCUGCAAGUACUGGGCCAGGAAGGUUCCCCUCCUCUUGAGCUCUUCUGGGACAUCGUGGAAGAAGAGGAGCGUGCGCUUCGUAGCACCAGAAACGAAGUCUUUGAUGUGAUGGACGACAAUCGCUUUGAGUUGACCCCCAAAACCACCUUCGAGGAGUUCCUAUCUGUCAUGAAGAAUGAUAGACGAACUGCUAACAUUGAACGUGAUAUUCUCACGCUGCUAUUUGAGCGGGUAAAAAAGAAGACGAAACGUGCUGAUGAAGCGGACAAACAAACCGAGCGCCAGCAACGUAGAGCUUUUGAUGACUUACGCUCUCAUAUCAAACAUUUGGAUCCUCCCGUCUUGGCUGAUGACACGUGGGAAAAAGUACGACCCAGGCUUGUGCGAGCCCCUGAGUUCCAAGCGGUCACGUCUGAGGAGUCCCGACGAGCCGCCUUCGAAAAAGUACUUCGACGCGUUCGGGACCGCGAGGAGGAAGACAGGGAGCGUCCCAAACGUCGGGAACGAUCCCCUGAUCGUGGUACGUACCGUGACAGAGAGAGAGAUAGAGGGGACCGAUCUCAUCGCAGCGACCGAGCUCGACCUUCUCGUCACAGCCGCAGCCCCGAGCCUGAUGCUUACGAAGCAGACCGCCGCAAGGCGAUUGCUGAGCGGGAGAAGAACUAUCGUAAGUCGAGCAUGGCUGAGAGUUUGUUAUCUGACCGUCGGACCUCCGACACCUACCGCGAUCGUGACGUCCGUGACGUGCGAGACCGCGACCGCGAGCGUGGUGAUCGUGAAAAAGAGCGGGACCGUGAUCGCGAUCGCGAACGAGACGUUCGGGACGUCCGCGAUGUUCGGGAGAGGGACCGAGACUACGUUCCCCGGUCCCGGCGUGAUGAACCGCCUAGUCACUAUGAUCGUGAAAGAAGAGACCGCGAAGAAGAGCGCGAACGAUUGUAUCGCCGCCGAGUAGAAAGGGCACCAGUUGAUGAGCUACCUUAUGGUGAUGACCGGCCGACUUCUUCCCGCCGCCGCAGAGCGGAUGAUGACGAAGGUUAUGACCGUCGCGAUUCAAGAGAUUCAAAGAGACUUAAGAGAGAGAGAACCCCACGUGAGCGCUCCCCACCUCGUGAUGGCCAUCAGAAAACUAGGACCCCGCCGGCAGUCCAGCCACCUUCCAAGAAAGAUGCUGGUGUGCACUCUGGCAGCGAGGAGGGCGAGAUCGAGGAAGAUUAG